UUUGUCCUCUCCUCAGGUAAUCGCUCUGGCUGAAGCAGCUGAGGAAAACCAAGCCAAUCUGCUGCAGUCGUUCACCAGGCUGAAAAGUGCCACCCAUCUGGUGAUUCUGCUGAUUGGGCUGUGGCAGAAGCUCAAUGCCGACCAGGUUGUUAUUCUGGAAGUAGCAUUUCUGCCCCUGCAGGAGGACACGCAGGCUUUGGGCUGGGAAGAGACCGUGGACACUGCCGUGUCCCAUCUAUUGAAAACUUGCCUGUCAAAGAGUCCCAAGGAGCAAGCUUUGAACCUCAGCAGCCACCUGAACAUGCCCAGGGACACGAGCCAGCUGAAGAAACACAUCAGCCUGCUGUGUGACAGAUUGGCGAGAGGCGGGCGACUCUGCCUCAGUGCCGACGUGGCCACCCCGAAGACCAUUGUCAUGCCAGGUGGCUGUACUCCAAUCCCAGAAUCAGACCUGGAGGAGAGAUCAGCAGAACAAGACUCCACAGAACUGUUUACCAACCACAGACUCCUCGCCACAGGGCCCUGUAGGCCUGAAGAUUCUUCCCUCCAGGGGCUUUUGAAAUAGUCAGUAGAGCUGUCUUGUUGAAGGGAAGCUGCCUUCCCAAGCCUGAGCCUCAUGAACCUCGUGCAGCUGGUGUGGGGUGGCAAGCUGCUCAGGGCUCACCCCAGAGAUGACACUCCGUGGAGACAAAGACCCCGCUCUCUGCUUUCCUGAGAACCUGAAGCACCAUAGCAGCCUAGCUGAGAGCCCAGAGUUGUCUCUGCUUGCUGGGAAGCAUAUUACUGCUUUUGGUCAUCUGUGUGCCUAGAGAGAGUCACAGGAUAUAGUGAGAUGACAUAGUUUGGGGACAGACUGUAAUGCAAAGAUCUGGAUCCAAAAUAAUUUGACAUCCUAUUUUUUCACAGGAUUUUUGUACAGUAAAUGUAUCAAGUUUAAUAAAGCAUCUCACUGUCAAACAGUAUCUUACAGUUGACCUAUAAUCUGAGGUUCUAAAAGGAAUUUCUCUACUUUGUUUCUUGAAAGGAAUUGAAAAGUUUGCUACUCUGUGAUUAGAGUUGAAUGUUGAACGUGUAGGCCAGGCUGACCUUGAAUGAAGAUUCCUCGGCUUCAGCUUCUUGAUUGCAUGGAUUACAGGCAUGCACCACCAGCCCAGUUUAAAUAAAAUAACUACUGUGAAACUUUCAUUUCCUUUGCUCUAUUAGACUAAAAAUGGAUGCUGUUAUGUUUUCUAAUAUUAGAUGAAAAUUUAAAAUAUUUGUCUCCUCUUUUUAUUACCCUAAUAGGUGCACCUUUAAAGAGAUUCAGGUUAUAAAAGAAUUCAUACUUUAUUACAAUUAAAAUUUAAGGUUUUAUAUGUAAGAAACUAAAGUGAUUUUUUUUUUCUAUUGCAAGGAAGAAUUACACUUGUAAGACUGGUUUGGUUAAACAAGAACAUGCCUGUCUUUUUGGACAGCCUGUCAGUACAAAGUGGGAGUGGCUCAUGGUGUUGCUGUAGCUGAAGUGUGGAAAAGCUGUGCAGGGUCACUCAUGUAUCAUUCCAAGCAUCUUUUUUUAGGAGAGGCAGCAGAAGAUGUGAUGUUCCUCACUGUCAAGUAGAGGAGUGGCCAGCUGCUGGCCAGCAGUGAAUCUGUCCAGCCCCUGGAGACCAGCCCAGAGAUGUGGGUUCUGGGGACCCCAUGCACUCCCCAUCUUCCUAGCAGCUCAACACUGGGAAGGCACAGUCCGCUGCCUACACCCAUGCACUUUGGUGCUCAGAACACGAGACCGUGUGCACUUCGGCCAUGCUUCAUCACACGCUGGCUCACCUGGUGCCAGGAGCCACAGCUGUGCCCAUCAGGGAGAUGCCUUUGCCUCACAUACUCCUUUGUGAAGCUGGAUGAGGACAGCACUGGGCAAGGGAGGAAUUCCUGUUCCUUCCUGUUCAUUCCGCCAGCAGAACAGCUCACAAUAAUUUAACCGUCUUCUGAGUUUACCCAAGCCACACAAUACUUCCCAUGAGCCUGCAGUAGAUGUCUCCCAACUCAGCUUCCCCUUGGCCUGAUCCUGAGUCCACAGCCACUCUGCUGCCCAACCAAAAAGCAAGAGGAGAGACACUUGUAUUCAGUUAUGCUUAAAAUAUUUUAAAAUUAUAAAAAAUACGACUAUGUGCCUGGGCAAGGAAGGUGUCCUUAAGUUUAAGCUUCCUUAGUAUCACAAUAAGUCUAUUUUAUAUGAUAGACUAGAAACUACACACUAAAUGUUUUUAAUUUUCUCCAAAUGCAUGGUACAGGAGUAUGUGUGGGAGAGUGCAGAGUGUGGAAAGGGCAAUUUUGUAAGCGAGGAUUCAAAACUCCUUUAUAUUUGCUCUAGGUCUCUGUCAAGCCAAUGUGAUCUGUGAGUUCCAAUAUGAAUACAUGUUUGAUUUUCAUUGUUGGCCAAUAAUUAUUCCCUUAUGGCUAUCAGUAAACCUUUAAGGACUUGUAGAGCAAUGAUUCUUCCAUUCAGUGUCCUGGAUUCCAUGGAGAGAUGUUUUACCUUACAUAUCCUUACAUAUCCUGCUGACCCUUACUUAACAACUAUUGCAUGGGUUGUCCAAAAGGAAUUGAGCUGUCUUUAUACUGGCAAAUGAUCUAUUAUAGGAAAGCACAAGCAUAUUAUCAAAUUUUGAAGCACACAGCCCACUCCACAUUCAUCAGAAAGAGUGAAAAGCCUCCAAGGGCUACAGACUUGACUAAUGUCUGUUUACCUGGCCUUUGGAAUCAUGUCUUUUCCACUUGUUACCAGGUGCUGAGGGAGAAACUCACAGCAUCAGCUAUAAACCCUCAUUUCCAUGGUUGGAAGUCCCAAAGAAACAUUAAGAUCAUCUGAAUAAGUGGAACAAUUAGAAUCAAAUCCUUUUUUGGAACUUCUGGGAAGAUGGCAGAUUGCUAAGCAGCAGAGAAACAGCCUCUCUGAGAUUUGGAGUCCAGAUGCUGGAAUAUAGGAACAUGAAUAUAGGAACAUAGGGUCCCAAUAAUGAUCGGAAGCAAGAAUUGGAGCCCAUAGGGAGAGGAAAGAGAGGGACCCCAGCAAAGAAGAGGGAGAUGGCAAGUGGUGCUCUCUCCCUGAGCCUCCGCCCACAGUGUGGGAGGGGCAGCCCAAACCUGCGCACACACACAGUGACUGCUAGUGACCUCAGGCCCCCAUGGAGAAACACACCAGUGCAAUGGAGUAGUGGACACUCCAGACUGCAGUUGCUGGUUUUUUCCAGUCCAGAUGUCACCCAGAAGAGGAUGAUUGGCUGGUCACCAUUUUGGAAAGGUCCUGAAUAAACAGAACUCUGAACUGCAGGUUGGCUCCUUCUAGCGGCUCCCAGUGUCAGGGUGAGGUGCCAGCAGGUUCAAGUUGGCAGGGAGGUCAGGGAGCCAAGUCCAACCUGGCAGGAGGCACCUGGAGUGUUGUGGGCUGAACAACUCCGACAUCAGCCUCACAGCCGGAAACCAGAAGCAGCCUGAACUUCAGGGGAAAAGUAAAGGCCAGGGCUGGCUGGGAUUAUCCACCACCCCACCUUAAUUCUACUGCUGACUAGCUGAGAUCAUCUGGGCUCUGUCUGCCCCCCGUCUACCAGUAACAGCAGAGAUAUGCCCUGAAGUGGACAUUGUUUUCUUCUUUUCUUCCUUUCUUUGCUUUUUUUUGUUUCUUGUUUGUUUGUGUUUUUAUAUGAGUAUGAACAUAAUUUCUAGUUUUUUGUUGUUGUUGUUUUGCUCUGUUCUUGUUUGUUUCUUCUUUCUUUCCUUCCUGUCAUCUUCACCAUUUUCCCAAAGCUUAUGUAAUCAUCCUUUGUCCUCCAGCCUUGCUUUUAACUUCUUUCUCUUCUAUUUCUCUAUUUUUUCCCUAACCCCUUUGAAAUUUUCUCUCCUGAGGAUAAAAUCACCAUAUUGAGAGGAUAUGUACUCCAUGAAAUUUUCUGGUUUCUUUUUGGCCAAUCUCCCCAAUGAACAGACACAAAAAUCCUCAAUAAGAUACUGGCAAACUGGCAAAUCAUCAAGAAGAUUAUACAUCAUAACCAGGUAGGAUUCAUCCCAGGAAUGUGAGGAUGGUUCAACA